AAUGGUUGCGAAUGGAUUAGUGUGUUUGUUGGAAAGGGGAGCCCACUUCAGUUGGCGUAGCGCACGGGGGAAGACAAACAUCACAUUCUCUUUCUACGGUGCUACCGAACAAGGGUUCUAAUAAUCGCGCUCUGCAGUGCAACUGCUCUUCCGUGCUCAUUCUCGUGUAGUGGUGUGUAGUGUAGAAGAUAAAGAAAAGUAUUGUGUGGCAGACAGAGCUGCAUGCUAUACUCAUAUCCAUGCGACGACCACAAAUCGCAACAGCCGUGUAGACAUACACGUACCAAGAACGAUUCAGCAAACGAUGUAGCGAGCUCGAAUGGUGAAGAUGAUAUCAUUCUGCACGCGUAUAGGUGCAUUUCUUCAAAACAUGCAUAUGGUGUAGUGGUGUAAUCGAAUGUGCAUCAAUGUGUUCUCCAAGUUGCUCCGACUAAACGGUCGCCGCGAUUUGAAACGCUCCGUGUGUUGUGCGUCUGUAUUCUGGUUACUCAUCGUCAGCCAAUGGCAAGCGUGUACAAUUUUUCGCUGAAUUAACUAAACUGCCUAACAAAAUAGGGUGGGCCCCAUACAACCCAAUGUUACUAGAUUUGGAGUGAGGAACGAUUUCGUAAAGUUCAGUGUCAGCGAUUUAGAUCCGCAUCAGCAAAACAGGCAACCGGAUGAGCAACAGUGAGAACGGCGUAGAAGACGCCUGCGAUGGUGGUGAAUCAGACUAUGUUCCACCGGAAAUACCUGCUUCAUCCACAUCGUCGUUAAGAUGUCCAUCCGACUGGAUGGAAGUGGACAGCUUGAGAGACAUUUUCGAUACGGCAAUUCAGUCGAACGUGGACGCCGUUCCGGAAGCUGCAGGGUCUAAUGAUGGAGAUAUCGAACCAUCGCUGUUUGCUAGCGGAAGCAACUCGCUCGAUUACACACCGGCUCCAUCCACACCGGUUCGAGUUUCCCGACCAAACCGAGAGUUUUCCCAUGUCAUCCAGAAUGCUUUAGCGGAGGAAUCCCCCUACAUGUAUGACACGAACGGUGGAGAGCCUAGCUAUUCAACGGCGACGAAUCGCCGAUCAUCCGCAGUAGUGGAUCCACCGAUAGCACCAAUUCCUAUUAUGCCCAUUCCACCGGCCGCCGUGUUCCCUUCGGCAUCUUCAUCCCUACCGUCUCGUACCCGUGUGCGGUAUGACUAUUCGAAGCACAAUCAAGUAGGCUUUGGUUCGAUGUACAGACAGUACCCUCAGCACCAUCAUUCGAGCGGCAGCAGUAGUUCAUCGUCGGGAACGUUCGGGGCGCACGCGAGCCAUGGUGGGCGUACGUUUGCCAAUGAUACACCCGUGCCAAAUCAGCACCCUUACCAGGUGCACUAUCGCCAUCAGGGCACAUCGUCAUCAUCGUUAGAAGCGCUCAGUUAUACUAUGAACGAGAAUGCCGACAUGCCAACGGGUGCGAACAGCGGCGAGGUAAGACGCGCUCGCAAACGAUACAGCGACAGGGAAAUGGAAGAGCAGUGGCAUAUGUGCCGCUGGAACCGAGGCAACGUAUGGUCUAUGGCGCAGUAUGAUGAACAGGCGGCAAGAGACGCAGCUCAGGCACAAACUGCAUCCUGUUCUUCACAAACAUCCGAAUCAAACACCCAAGGCACAUCCACCGCAGUGGUCAAUGGGAAUGGGACUACGGUUAAAACUGAACCUAGAUCAGCAACACCGGUCCAUCAUGGGAUUCGGUGCCGGACACCUCCCACGCCGACUAGGGAUGAACCCCCGAUUCCAAUAUUUCCAACAAUGUUUAAAGUUGAACCCUUGGAAACGGGAACAAGUGCUGAUGAUACUCCAGCAGCAAUACCACCAGAACCUAUCGAUACAGUCGGUUCCUCUAGCGUGUUUGGACGGGUGCAGGAACAACCGAAUAUUCGGCCACUACCGUCCACUAACCAACCUGUUACUGGAGCUAUUGGUUGUUAUUGUCAUGCAUGUGUACGUUACAGCACGCCAGUAAAGCGAGAAUGUUAUUCGUGUGCUCCAUCUGCUGCACCAGCGCCCACCGUUGCCCCUUCUACCUCUGCUGGUGAACAAUCAACCGAAACGUCAAUGCCGGAGUCGAAACACACGGUCGUUAAAGUGGAACCAUCGGAAGAUCAAACGAACCCAUCGUUGGCUCCUUCCUUCCUUCCUAAUGAGGGUCGCGUGAAUGUAAAACUGGAACCCGAAACUACUUCACCCUCGACAAGCUGUAACAACAAUGUGCCGACAGAAGCAGAUGUACCGGUCAAAUUGUCAAAUCAAACAGAUACAGCCACUGAACAAACGGUAGCAUCCGAGCAUUCGGAAGAAUCCACAGUAAACGGUGCAGAGUUAGUAGGAGGAGAAACGGUCCGGUUGGUUUUGACCAAUAAUGCGUCCAAACUCAAUGAAACGACUGUCGCAUUGUCGCAAUCGUGCCUUUCGGAUUCUAGUUCUUCUGGUACGGUAGGUACUAACGCCAGUACCGGAGCGCAACGCGGUGAUUCUUCAUCGAAUGGAUUGAUGGAAGAAUCAGCGUCGAUGCCGGGACCUAGCGGAUUAAAUCGGAUUGGAAGAAGCAGUCGAUCUUUUAACCGUCGUCCAACGUUUAUUAAUAGCCGGUUAAAUAGACGAAGAAAUUACCUUCCGUACUACAGCGAUGAUGACGACGAUGAGGAUGAUGAAGAUGACGACGACGAAGAUGAUGUUGAUGAUGAAACAGACGUUGUUGGUGGUAUCUCUCAUAACUCCACUAGCUGUAUCAAAAAUGAAGCGGAUGAAGACGUUAUCCUCGUGGAGGAUGAUGGCAACGGGAGGAACAACGAAAAAUGUCCGGUAGACGCGACACAAACGCGCGCCAAUUCAUCCGGUGCGAAGCUAGCAACGGAGCAACCGUCGGUUUCUACCAGUAACAUUGGGCUGGACGUACCGUCCGCUGUUCCACCGGCAGCCAAAACGGAAGAAACCCAAAAAGUCUCAUCCACCGGAGGUAGGUUGUUCGGUUCCGAUGCACUCGAUCCACAUCCGGAUUUGCAGCUCGAUUGGAUAACGGAUUCGAGCAGCAUUAGCAUUAGCGAUGACAAUGAUGACGUGAUUAUGGUGGAUAGAACGGACGGUGGUACGUCUGUUACUGCUGGUAGCACCACCGCAGCGCCGCCGGGCCCUACUACCACGAACAUUAACACAACCGGGACAAGAAGGCAGCGUCGUACCAAGAGCCGACAGCCGGCGAAUCGUGGGGAACCGAUCGAUUUAACAAACGAUUCGGACGAUGAUACCGAUCUGGAGGUACGGUCGAUGUCGGAACUUUACCCGACCCUUUCAUCCCGACACGGAUACACCCAGCGGCAUGCCGUCGGGUUACGGCGGUUCCACUCGGAGCGAAACAAUUCGUCCGCUAUGAGACGGUACCUAGUGCAUUCGCUACUGCCGCACAUCAAUGCCGAACGGAGCAGCAGGGCGUGCGAAUAUUUUCCCCUUCAUUCGAUGUAUUCGCAUGAUCUGGAGUUUCUGUCCGGUGCGUCAUCAUCGGGUCGAUUGUUCAAUGCGAGCAACAUGCGAACGGAUACACCUCCACCACCACCACCACCCCGUUCGUACCGUAGCUACACGCCACCACCGCCUCCUUUUGCGCACCGGUCUUACCGGGACAGCACUAGCCCCGGCCGGCACGAAAGAUGUUCGCUGUCGAUGAACAUAACGCCCCCACAUGCAUCGCAACCAAUGCGACCGGGCACACUCGGCCAUAAUCGUUUUCAGCUUUAUACGCGGGUACGGAAUGCUGUUCGUCGUUGGAACGUACCUUAUCAUGCGUGUGGUACGCAUCAUCGCACCGGUAGAGACUAUCGCAGAGCGCGCUGUCCGGCAUCGUAUCGUUCGGCGAACGAGACCGUUACCGAGCGACCGGGACUGCUCGGAUCCAUGCGUCCACUGCCCGUGCACGGUGCGCGCAACAUGCAUACGCAUGCGCCUGGCUGCACGGUUUGCCAGCAUCGAUCCCGCGGUCGUCAAAGCUCUCCCGUCUUGCAAACGAUGUCCUCUUCACCGCUGUUUUUUACCUCAUACUCACCCGCGUCCCGCUCGAUCGAUGCUGGCAACGUGAACGGCGAUGUAGCGGCGGAAGAUCCGGACGUGCCGCCCGAUGUUGUUGAUCUCGUCGCAUCGAACGGGGAGGAAGAAGACCCGUACGGUGUGCCGCACUCCGAUCGUGCGGAUGUGCUGGUGCCACCAUCUGGUGGUGAGGGUGUUGCUGGCGUUUCGGCCGGCACUGCGUACGGUACAACUGCCGGCGCUGUGAUCGACAACACAUCGCUCGGUAGCUUUGCCGGGUGCAGCAGUAAUCGCCCGGCGAAUUAUACGUCCAACUACAUGUGGCAAAAUCCAGCACGAUCUACGAACUACGAACCAUCGUUGGCGAUGCUAAGAAGGCGUGAUAAUGCUGCUCCUUCCGCCAUCAUCACCGUGAGCGAUAGUCCGAUUGAUUAUUCUGCCUCUACAACUCCGUCCCCGCAGCAGCCAGUCGUCGCGCCGGCUCCGGACGGUACGGCACAACCCGCGGCAGGAACGUCCACCAAUGGGCGGCAGCAGCAGCGUAUCAAUGAUCAUAACAAUAAUAACACUCCGUCCGCAUCGGCUAGACCACCGCCUCCGGACGGCCGGGACCCGAGAGCAGCGUACGAAAGCAUAAUCCCAGACAAUCCCUGGGGUCCCUCCGCAUCGCUCGACGCACGCGUUCCUUUACCGUCGGCUUCGGUAUCACCGCCACCGUACGGCAGCUCGCGUUACACCACGGACUGGCGACAGUUCGAGCCGCCGACCAUUUUCAGCGGCCUCGGCACAAACCGUUUGCGUUCGCAGCGUCUACCAUAUGCGCCCCACGAAUCGCUCUGGAUGCGGCAGCACCAAGCGAUGGAAGCGCAACGGCGCUUGAUGACGGUCGUGAAUGCGAAUGAUAUCUCCUCGCCACCGCUCCAUCCUCUAACGGCCGGUGGUGGGGGUAGGCCCCCAUUGUUAGCCAGCUACGUUGCUCGUAACGGACAAUACGAGACGAUGUACCAGUAUGGACCGUCAUCUUCUAGCACCUUAGCCACUCACGGUUCGUCCGGAUCUUCGUCCUCCUCUUCAUCCUCGUCCGGUUCGAACGUUGCCCAAGCGAGUGCUUCCUCCUCCGCAUCGACUGGCUGCUCACGGCAUCAUCUGUAUCGCCAUCAUCACCAUCAUCAUCCCGUUGGUGGUGGUGGUGGUGGUGGUUCGAUGGCUGGUUCCGCUGGGUCUGGUUCCAGCACUGGUGCGGUUCGCGGACAACCACCACCUCUGCCGACUCCGGCAACAGCUAGCGGUGGCGGUAGCGGUGCUGAUAGUGAGGACUACGUGCGCUUACCAACGUCGAUGCGCAGUACCGUCAUUUUGCCAUACCAUCGCUACCUAGCGAAUCUGCACCCGCCCAACAUCCGGACUAAUCCUCCAUCGGUCGCUGAUCAAGGGCUGAAUCUUCGUGUACACCGGCCGCUUCGGCGUGUUGCAAACGAUCAGAAUUAUAUCUUCCGUCGAAACGAUCACCAGCACGUGCAUCAUCACAUGUACCAUCACAUACCUUCGCAGAGUAAUUUCAUCGGUAGUCAUCCGGAGAUUCAAUUCAGCAUAGGGUUGCGUCCCAGCUUACUGUCCAGCCUGAAUCGGUUUGUUCGUGUUAUGGAAGAUUCCUGUACAAGUCGCGGUGCAACACAGGAAAUGAUUGAAACGCACACGUUCCCGCACAAGUACAAACGGUUACGGCGCGUUAGCGAGACCGAUGAGGACAGCGAAAAGUGUACGAUCUGUCUAUCCCAGUUCGAAAUUGACAACGAUGUUAGGCGAUUGCCGUGCAUGCAUCUGUUCCACAAGGACUGUGUCGAUCAGUGGUUGGUAACCAACAAGCACUGUCCCAUCUGUCGCGUCGACAUUGAGGUAAAGUUCAACAAGGACUACAGCAUUUGACAACCGGCGGGUGAAAGUUUUCUUAGGCCCACGCACGGGCGGCGAACGGUAGCCGGUUCGCCACAUCGUCCAUAUCACCAUUACGCAGCAGUUGCACUUCCGGUCGUGGUUGCGCAUCUGGACGAUAGGACUGUCGAGGAUGACGACGAGGACGACCGAACUGUGGAGGGAGAAGCGGCCAAUGAGGAACCAUUUACCAUCCUUCCCGGGAUCUCAACGAAUGGUGAUUGUUUCCUGCCGUAGGUUUAAAUAUGUUUUCACAGUGAAGAGAACCGCAGCGGUUCUAUACGCGUACUUCGUUGGAAAGUUAUCAAUAAUUAUAAGCAGAACUGAAGAAAUAGAGAGAGAGAGCGACAGAUAUAAAGAGAGAGAGAGAGAGAGAACAACAGUAGUAUUUAUUUCUCUCCAUUGUAAAACUAUUGGAAAGCUAAACUGUGCACCACAGUAAUUGUUUACCUUUCACUUAUCGAACGAAUUGCCAAAUUUCCGCAAGAAAUGGAAACUUAUAUAAAACUUGUGGCGAACUUUAGAUAGGCCUAUCGGUAGAACGAAAGAUCGUACAAACUCCGAGCUAAGUUCGAUAAGUGGAAGAUGGAUAUGAAUGCUUUCAGCGGUUAACUACUACUACUACUAACAUGCAAUUACUUCGCAAGGAUCAAUCGCUUUCAAUCAAAUGCGAUCCAUUCAGUUAGAAAGCAAGAAGUUAUCAAUAAGAAUAGGGGGCAAAAACUAUUACAGACACCUAUAAAGUUAAUACGCGAUAGAUAGGAGGGAAAUACCACCUAAGGUGUAUUUUGUUUUUGCUGGUUUGUAAAAAGCUGUAUUUUUUAUGUCUUUGUGAAGUGCGUUAUUAUUCUUUCUUCUUUAUAAAAAGGACUGAUUGUUUGUCCCGUUUACUUCCAAAUGUCCUUUUCUCUUCUAACAAUUAAUGCAUAGCAAAAAGCAAGGAAGCGAAAAGUUUCAUAUAAAUAGUGGGGAAAAAUGAUGGUAAUUUAAUUAUAAACAAUAAUUUCCCCCUUUCCAGUCUGUGACAACAAUAAAUAAUCAAACAUGACCCCUUGACCCCCUCGCCAAACAGAUCGACUGUUCAUAUAUAAAUGCUUUUAUUGUGCUUACAAAUUUUAUUUUAUUUGUUUUCCGUACUAGGAUGACAUGCGCUUAUUUCAAAUUCAAA